AAAUCUCAACAAUAUUAAAUGUUUGGUAUUGCAAAUAGUUGGGAUGCCGAGCAUGGAUGACCUUGUGAAGAAGCCUGAUCUUUUAUCUUUUUAUAUUGCAAGUAAAAUUCCCAUCUCUGGACCCACAGGGCAGGAGCUUUUGGAAAUUAUUGGCAUUUCAUAUGGACUGCCCCAGAAAAUUGAGUUACUUAAAGGACUUGAUCGUAUGCGAUGUAAGAUCUGUCAGGUACUUAUCUCUCUCUCUCUCUCUCUCUCUCUCUCUCUCUCUCUCUUUUGUGUGUUUGAACACCCACGUCAUAUGGUUGCAUGGUUUCUUGUGUUCUUGAUGCACAAACAUGCAGUUCUAUGGGCUACUCUUCACCAAUUUUUAUUCAAUUGUCUUUCUUUUUUUUUUUCUUUCCUUCGGACUGUAAUUGCUAGGCUAUGUGAUUUGUUGGUGAUGUCUAGUGAUGGCCCUCUGGGUGCUUAUGUUAAUUCGCAUGGCUAUGUGCUUGAGGUAAUUAUCUUUCGUAAAGCAAAUGGCUUACCACUCAAAGGCCGACCGGUUAAAGAGUACAGCUGGUUUCCUGGGUGUGCAUGGACGAUUGUAAACUGUGCAUCUUGUUAAACCCAAACGGGGUGAGGUGGCUUUUACUGCGACAAAUGAGAAGUUGAAGCCAAAAUUUUCGAGGGAAAAGUAGCUGUCAAGUUAUGGAUGGCAUGCUAGAAACCAUGUCUUCUCAAGUAUGUCCUAAAAUUUUCUCCAGUUAAUAUGCAACCAGACUAUCAGAGCUUAUAUUUGUGUAACCUUGAUAGAUGAAAAGAUCAGCUUUCAUGCUGGU